UGUGCGUCAGAAGUUGGCGUCCCAGUGUAUGAUAGGAUGGCCAGGGGUCCCUGGACUGAAAUACUCACUUGAAGACCACUAGGACAACUUUCACAGUUUACCGGACAUCAGGGGAAUUUUUAACCUGUGGCCACAGGGACAAAGUCCUCUUAUUUUCUUUUUUACUUUCUCUCAUUCACUCUCCCUUCUCAUUUUCCGUCUGCCGGAGCGGUUGGAUUACCUGUUCAGGUGGAUGGCUCAAAACGCAACCUGACACAACAAAGCCCUCCAACCACAAAGAUACAGUAAAGCUUCAACACAAUUACACAAUGAGUGAUCAGGAAGAGGAGGGUGCUGUGGCGAUGCCUGUUUGCGGUGCAACAGGAGUCAGUCCCACGUCCCCUCCUCCUGACCUUUGCCAUGUCUGUGGACAACGGCACCUACAGGAGGAGAACCAUGAAUAUUCCUACAAGGAGGAGGUGGAUGAUGACCUUAUGUGCCACAUCUGCCUUCAGCCUUUGAUCCGGCCACUGGACACCCCCUGUGGACAUACCUAUUGCCAGGAGUGCCUGACAAACUUCCUGCUGGAGAGUGACUUCUGCCCGGUGGACCGCACUCCCCUGAUGCUGCAGACCUGUCGCAAGUCCAGCCUGCUGGUGCACAAGCUGCUGGAUAAACUGAUGGUGUCCUGCCCCUUUACCGAACACUGCACUGAAGUGCUGCCGCGGGGAGAAAUGGAGGGACACAUCAGGAGCCGGUGUAAAGGAGCGUCACACUAUGGGCUCUCAGCAGAGAGAAAGCGACGCUCUCAGGAGGGAGACUGCACAGACAGCACCUCAGAGCUUACUGUGGCGGCACUGCCCGGGGAGGGAUGCCCCUCCUCUGCUAUCGCCCUCCUAUCAGAUGAGCCUGGCCUGGUUAACCCCGCCUAUGAGCCCAGUGUGGAAGAUAACAGCCAAUCUGGGAGCACCACCAGCCUGGCAGCACGCAGUGGUUCAAGGAAGAGUGAGUAUCGCAACUUUGACAGAACGUCAGUGCGUAGUCGCUCUUUUCGCCGCCUGAAUCGAGCCUUCAGUGUCCUGAGGAGGACCAAGAGUGGGACAGCAGUGGCCAAUGAGACCACAGAGGAGCGAGAUAACCUCAGAAACGCCAACAUACCACCAGAGGUAUUUGCAUUACCUCAGCUGCAUCAUCUAAUCCCUGAUGGUGAAGUCACCAGUAUUAAGAUCACCAGGGCAGAUCCUUGUGAACCACUGGCUAUCAGCAUUGUCGGGGGCAAUGAGACGCCUCUGGUUCGCAUCCUCAUUCAGGACAUCUACAGAGAGGGCGUCAUCGCUCGGGAUGGAAGACUGCUUCCUGGAGAUAUGAUCCUCAAGGUGAAUGGUAUAGACAUCAGUAACGUGCCUCACUGUUAUGCUGUGGCGGCUCUGAAGCAGCCCUGCACACUGCUGCGGUUGACUGUACUGCGAGAGCAGCGCCACCGUUACCGUUCCCAUCAUCACUCUCCCACCGAGGCCUUCCCCACCCACACCCCCACCAUCCGGGACGACAGCCUGCAUGUGGUCCUCGUUAAGAGGGCUCCAGACGAACAGCUGGGCAUCAAGCUGGUGCGCAGACCUGACGAACAUGGCGUCUUUAUCUUCCACCUGCUGGAGGGAGGGCUGGCCGCCCGCGACGCAAGGCUUAGGGUAGACGACCGCGUGCUGGCCAUCAAUGGCCAUGACCUGAGAUACGCCGCCCCCGAGCAUGCAGCACUGCUUAUUCAGGCGAGUGAGGACCGUGUCCACUUCAUUGUGUCCCGCCAGACUCACAUCCCUACUCCGGACAUCCUACAGGAGGCGCCGUGGAACAUGGAGGGACCACCGCCCUACUCGCCUGUGGAUAUUGAGCACUCUUUACUGGAUUCAUGCCAAAAGCCUGCCUGUUAUGAGAAGACGGUGACUCUGUUGAAGGAGCCGCACGAUUCUCUCGGCAUGACGGUUGCGGGUGGGAUGAGCAGCAGGGGGUGGGAUCUGCCCGUCUACGUCACUAACGUCGACCCCAAUGGAGUGGUUGGACAAGAGGGCUCGAUCCACAAAGGUGACAUCCUUCUAAAUGUGAAUGGGGUUGACCUGACGGGUGUGACUCGGAGCGAGGCUGUGGCUAACCUGAAGAACACCUCGUCCCCGGUGGUCUUGAGGGUACUAGAAAUGAGACCCCCAAAUGAGAGCUCCCUGGACUGCAUGCCGCCCCUGCAUUCCCCCUGCGCUCUCUCGCCCUCUUCACCCGGAGAUAUCAAACUACCCCCGCCUAAUGAUGAUUACUCCCCCCUCUGGGUGUCCUGGCUCCAGCUGCCCAGGCAUCUAUAUUGCUGUAAAGACAUUGUCCUCCGUAGAAGCACGUCUGGCAGUCUGGGUUUCAGUAUUGUGGGUGGACAAGAAGAACUCAACUGUAACCAGUCCUUCUUUAUCCGCUCUAUCGUAGAGGGCACACCAGCCUACAACGAUGGCAGGAUACGCUGUGGAGACAUCCUGCUGGAGGUGAACGGAAAGAGCACUUGGGGUAUGACACACACGGCUCUAGUCCGCCUGCUCAAGGAGCUGAGGGGUCGGAUCACUCUCACCAUCGUUUCUUGGCCCGGAAGCCUGCUAUAGGACUGCUCUGCAUGUGGGAGGGGCUUAUCACAUUAACCCUGCACUAGGGGGUGGAGCUUACACUACAGACCUUAUAAUGACAACUAAAAUGGUGGAUUUUAGAAUCCGAGACUUCCUUGAAAGGCAGGGCUUAUGAUACGGACUGCCCUCCGGGAGCAGGAAGUGACACAUGGACCUUAUUCAGGUAUUAGGAGCUCAGACUCUAAACUUGAAGGCGGGGCUAACGCCAUGACUCCGCCCACCAAGCAGCACGUUUAUCACACUCCGAAACCAGGAGGAGCUUUCACAAUUGCCCUUUUGUCAAGGCAUAAAGAUGAUAUGUGUGCAUGAGAGGAACAUUGUGUCAUUAGAGAUGGAAGGCGAAGCUUUUAAUCUGUAUUAAAGGACUUGGGAGUGUCUAAAAACACAAUUUCAGGAUGCAACGAGGAGCACGUCAGUCAAUAAAUGAGUCGGAAAUAGAUGUAUAAACAUUAUGGGCACUGUGCUAUAUGUAGUCAGAUUGUGUGACUCUAAUGUUGUUUGUAGAGGACAUUGAGAUGCUGCACAUAAGAGGGGUUUCCUUCAAACGAGAGGUGAAAGGGAUACUGGGAUGUUUAGGGUUUGGGUGGGGGACAAACGUUGCCAAUUCCAUUAGUUUUACAUGUUAGAAAAUGCAUCGAAGUGGACGCACAUUCUUUACUAUAAACGUCGAUGUCUGAAAAAAUAACGAAACAGAUUCAAGCACUUGUACUAUGACUAAUAUUAAUUUUGGUUUAUUUCUCUCUGUUCCUAUGGCUUUCGGAUAUCGGCUUCGUUUUGUUCAUUCUGACAGUGGUUUGUUCUCUCCAUCCCCUGGCAUGGAGACACAUUUGCCAAGUAGUUCUAUCUAUGUUGGUACGUUUCAGAUGCUGUCGCAUAUGAAAAUAAACUAUAGUGAGUAAUAAAAAAAGAAUAGCAACUGAAAAAAGAAAAGCAAUGUUAAUAAUCUAUUUUAAAAAUGGAUGAUAACUUAUAAUGCUAAUAAUGAUAACGUGAGAUUUUGGCGGCCUUGCUGACUUUUUUUUGUUUACUUUGGAGGUGAAAGAAUAGGAGAGAGUGGCGUGUGAAAAGCUCACUGUGUGAGUGUGUGCGUGUGUGUGUGUGUAGGUAUCAUUGUGGGGUAAGGUGCGUGCUCUGGCAUCUCAUGCUUUGGCUUGUGCAGUAUAUUGUAUCUGUUGGUACCUUUGGUUCAAUGAUCAAUAAAGUCAUUCUACAAGGA